CGUAGGUGUGAAGUGUAAAAAUUGUCAAUAACUGUGUUUCAAAAAAAGUGUUUUUGGAAAAAGUGCAAUUACAAUGACUUGAAUUUAGUGUAUCAUGGAGGUAGAUGCAACGUCGAGUACCUCAAAUGAUUCAAAUAAUGGAAAUUUUUGCCCCAAUUUGAAUUAUUAUAACGAAAAUUUGUUUUUUACUACAAAUGGGAAAUUAGAUUCAUUUUUUAAUAGUGAUAAGUCGGCGAGGAAGAAUGGUGAAAAUGAAAAAGUAGCUAGAAAAUUCAACUGUUAUAAAAAGGACGAUUUUAGUGGUAACAACAAUGUGCUUAAAAGUAAAUCGGAUGAUGUUAAUAAAAGAGUUUCAUUGUCUGUUGCUAAUUAUAAUAAGAAAGUUGAUGUAAAUUCUGAAAACAGGAAAAAUUUAAUUGAUUUUUUUAAUAAGAAAAGUAUGGAUAAUAACAGUAUUCAUUUGAACAAUGUGGAUUCGUAUGGAAAAAAAUCGAUUGGAUUUUCCCCAGAACAGGUGCAAUGUAUGUGCGAAGCGCUUCAUCAGAGAGGGGAUAUCGAAAGGCUGGCAACAUUUCUGUGGUCCUUGCCGCCGUCGGAGCUUUUGAGAGGGAACGAAAGCAUUCUCCGAGCUCGCGCUGCCGUGGCAUUUUACCGAGGGUCAUACCACGAGCUUUAUUCCAUUCUGGAGUCACAUGCGUUUAAUCAACGAUGGCAUGCCGAAUUGCAGACAUUAUGGUUUAAAGCACAUUACAACGAAGCUGAAAAAGUACGCGGCAGACCACUGGGAGCGGUGGAUAAGUACAGGUUGAGGAAAAAAUACCCGCUUCCCAAAACCAUAUGGGAUGGAGAAGAAACUGUUUAUUGUUUUAAAGAACGCAGUCGCAAUGCGUUGAAGGAAUGCUACUCGAGGAAUAGAUAUCCUACGCCAGAUGAAAAAAGGGCACUGGCAAAACGGACCGGACUCACACUCACACAAGUUUCAAACUGGUUCAAAAAUAGAAGGCAGAGGGAUAGGACGCCACAGCCUAGACCGGAGCUCAUUUUGGGAAACAUGUCGCUUAACCAAAGUGGUAUGAUGUCUGCACAUCAAGGAAGCCUCGACAUGGUGGCAUUUCAAGCUGCUUCAAAACUCUUUGACUCCAACUGUGGUGUUGCUUCAUGUUAUUCGGAUUAUCAAGUACCAUAAAUUUUAAAUCUGGAAUUGUUACAACACCCAGACAUUAUUAAUGACGCCAAAAACACACAUCUUGUUACCUUUGUAAUGGAAUUUAUGUAAAUUUUUGUAUAUAACAAUUAAAUAGUUAA